CAUGUGUAGUUGUGCUUCCGGAAGGUGGGGUUUUGUUUCAGGAGGAGCGGUUUGCUUUGGAGACCCAAUGCCUCAAUAUGCGCUUUUAAUGCGGCACAGCUCGAGAUAGUGUCAACCGGGAGAAGAAACACACUCCUGCAUUUGUUGUGUAGGUGACUGGAGGAGCGUCUUAUGUGUGUGAUAGUGUGAAAGAGACAGAAGAAUCCAAGAUGGCGACCGGAAAGAAUAAAAAUCAGAGCUCGUUGGUGCUGCACAAAGUGAUCAUGGUCGGGAGUGGAGGAGUGGGCAAGUCUGCUCUCACGCUGCAGUUUAUGUACGACGAGUUUGUGGAGGACUACGAGCCCACGAAAGCAGACAGCUACAGGAAAAAGGUGGUGCUGGACGGAGAGGAGGUGCAGAUCGACAUCCUGGACACGGCCGGACAGGAGGACUACGCUGCCAUCCGAGACAACUACUUCCGCAGCGGAGAGGGCUUCCUGCUGGUCUUCUCAAUCACAGAGCACGAGUCCUUCACCGCCACUGCUGAGUUCAGGGAGCAGAUUUUGCGAGUGAAGGCUGAAGAGGACAAGAUCCCCCUCCUGGUGGUGGGAAACAAGUCUGACCUGGAGGACCGGAGGCAGGUGUCUGUGGAGGAGGCCCGGGGUAAAGCCGAAGAGUGGGGUGUCCAGUAUGUGGAGACAUCUGCCAAAACUAGAGCCAACGUUGACAAGGUGUUUUUUGACCUAAUGCGUGAAGUACGAGGCAAGAAAAUGUCCGAAAACAAAGACAAAAACGGCAAAGGAAAGAACAAAAAGAACAAGAAGAGCUUCAAGGAAAGAUGUUGUUUACUUUAAGCUUUUUUAAUGGACCUUAACAAAUCACAACACACACCUGUGGAGGACAUGCUCGCCCAAUCAUCGUCAUUUAACCUUUUUAAAGAUGCACUGUGUAACUUUUCUAAGUUUGCGCAGCUCCUUGUCUCUGUGGAGAUGUUAUUGUUUUGCCUGGAAUGUUUCAAAGUAUGGCAUUAAACACAUUUAUUGUACAGUUAUUCAGGUGUUCUUAUUGCCAAAACAGAUUCUGGAUAAAGUGCAUACUUACUGUGAGUGGGAUCUCCACAGAUGUGACUUGUAACUUGGCUUAGUGGUGCCACGUCCACCUCUUCUCUGUGGAGAUAAUAAUUUUAACACCAUACUGUAGGACAUUUUUGGGAAAAACACAAGCAGCAACAUCUCCAUGGAGACCAGCAGUUGGCUGAAAAGUUGCAUAGUGCACCUUUAGCAUAAGCUGGUUCAUGGUUUUGUAUCUAUAGAGUGUUGUCUACCCCUUUCUGCCAUUUUUGAAUCAAAUUUCAGCUGCUCUUUGAUGACCAUUCUGACCUGGAUUGCUCAUUGUUAGUCUACGGUCAAACUGCUACUGACACUAAGACCCUUGCUGCUUGUACAUGAAUGUUUUAAAAGCACAUAUUUUUUAUGUUUGUGCAACUUAUCCACAGGAAAAUUGGGAGUUGUUUGAAUUGCCUGUCAGAAAUAGAGAGAGAAUUAUGCUUUGGUGUUUGUUUUUUGUAAAUGACUUUGCUCAAAUCCAUAGCAACGACAAGCAGCAGAAGUCACAGUCAAUACAUUUGUCGUUAUUAUUUCAAUGCCAUACUAUGGACUUGCAGCCUUGUAACCAGGUGAAACAAUAAAAUCACUUGUUUUAUGCAGUGCCAUAUGCAACAAAAGUACAAUGUGAACUUGCAUGAAGGUUUGGAGAUGCUCUCAUCCACUGAUCUACUUAUAGUUACUGUCUAAAUCCUCUCAAAAUCAACUAAAUGUUUACUCAGACCAGAACUGUCCCACCCAUACCCCUAGACACUGAAGAAUGAUCUACUUUUUCCAUUCUAGAGUUCACUUUAUAGCACUACUCCUCCUUACCACCAGGGCUGCAGCAUUUAGACAAAAUACAUUUUUAGUCAAACAUUAAAAUCAUAAUUGUUGUCUGGAUUACAGGAUUCAUGGACUAGAUGUUAGCAUUAUUACAUCUAAAAGUCAAAAAAGAAUAACCUAUUUCAGAUUUUCAUCAUUAAAACACUUGAUUUGUAAAUAUUCUAUAUCUAGAAACCUUGAGUCACCAUACUUUAUUUAUUUGAUUUAAAUGUGUUUUGAAAAUCUAAAUUUACAAUAAAACAAUUUACAAAGUACAACAAUUGUUAACUGCAGUCCUACUUACCAUCUAGAGGUUAUAUAUUUUUAUGUGUAUUCUAUUGCCAUAAGAGUACUGUUUUUGCAAAAUGCCUCAAAAGAAAAAUGUAGUAUAAUCUGUACAUAACAUUUCGUAGCAAGGGUCUAACUCCAAUCAUGUCUAUUCCUCAACUCUGCGAUACUGUUGGGAUUCAAAUUACAAAUGUCUACCUUUUUAUCUUUUGUUGAUUUUAUUGUAAAUCUACAGCUGAGCCCUUCUUAUUUUCUGUUUGUAUCUAAAUAUCUGUUGUCUUGUUCAUUGAAAAAGUCAAACCUCAGUAUGUAUUAUAACUGGAACAUUCCUCUGUAACAUUAGUAAAGUGUAAUUAAUUUUAAACACUGCCAUAGGAGCACACUUUGCCAAACAGGGUUAUUUAGUAUUCUAUUAUUUUUUGGCCUUGAGAGGACAACUGGUGCUUAAUACAUACAACUAUUCCCUCUUGAACAGUACACCACUGUCUGAGUGUAUUGGUGUUUUAUAUUGCUUGUCUUUUAAAUAGGGCUGCACAAUAUUGCAUUCAAUAGCUAUUUAGAAUUUUAGACAUUUUCAAUUACUUGUAUUGAUUAAACAUUUCCAUCAGUUUAGGGUCUACUUGAAAAUGUAGAACUACACAAACUAAUCUUUCCUUCCUUCUCAAUCUUCCUAGUACAGAAUUAUAUUAUUAUUAUCAGAUGCCCUUCCUGGUGUAACUCAGUAGGCUCUAUUCACGCUUACAAACCAGGAAGACGUUUGGAAACAUGUGAUGACAACUUCCGGCAGGCUCUGUUUGCCGCAGUAAGCCUGACAAAACGUAGGAAAAUGAGAAAUUACCCAGGUUUCAUCAUCUACAGGUCAUUGUAGCGUUCUGUUAUGUUUGACUAAUGAACAAUUACAACCAUAUCUCAGUUUUCAUAAUUCACAACUCUGAGCACACUGGGUACAUUAGAAGGGCCUCCAUAUUCAAGAUUAUUCCAAACAUGUGUGUACAAUCCCUCAGUCAUCCAGGAAGAACCCAUGGCAUAAAGAGAAAUUCAAUUUCUCAACUCGACAAAAGUGUAUUUGGUCAAAUGUUUCACAGCUCAUCCAAGCUGCUGCUCCUUUUGCCAUGGAUUCUGCCUGGACAACUGAAGGAUUGUACACACUUCUUGAAAACAACUACAAGCCAACCAUCAUUGGACUGGUAACUGAAGAAGCAGACUGCAUGAGCUGCAAAACGUAUUCAACCAAAUAAACUUUUGACCAAUUGACAAAUUCAAUUUCUCCUUUUUGCCAUUUAUCCAAACUGCACAUAGGUAUGCAGCCUUCAGUUUACCACUGAUGACAUUUACUUCAAUGGGUUUUAUCAUGGUCGGUCGGCGAGUCCAGUAUCAGUAACUAACUAAAAAAUAAAAGUUGUCAUUGCAUGUUUCCAAAAAUCUUCCUUGUUUGUGACAUAAGCGUGAAUAGAGGAUGGAUCUAUUAAAGCAACAUAGAGCCUAGGAAUAGAGCCUAAUGAUUCAAGCUUGGGACCAGCACAAAUUGCAUAUUGGCUGCCUGGUGACCCCUAGUGGUUAGAUUAUGCAAGUUUUUUUUUUUUUACUCUUGCAGUUAUAGUCCACAAAUAUACCAACACAUAUGAUAAUAGUAAUUGAACAGGUAUUGCAGAUGAAUUCCAAUCAGAAGAUCAUGUGAUAAUACAUUUGUUAUAUCAUGCUGACUUUCAUUUAUCAAUGUUAAGUGGCUUUUAUUUUAUGUACAUUUUUAUUUGUUAUCCUUUCCUAUAACCACUGUUUGUUUUGCUCUUGUCACAACUCCUCCACAUCUUUUAAUAUAAGGCAGGUGCUGACAAUCCAGGAAGCCGUCAUGUCUCCUUUACAUUUUGAUGGCACACAAACCACUUAUUUUUCCCUUCACAAAACAUGCACUACAUUGCCAAUGCCUACGAAAUGGGAUUUGCUAUGCUAAAAGUCAAAAUGCUGAAGAGUUGUAUACGUGCCAAGCCACACAGCAUAGUGAAAGACGGUUGUUUUUAAAAUGGUUGUGUGCUAAAGUCUGCUACUUUUUUGUGUGUGAGCUGCCACCAAGGGUCUAUUAACUGUCAUUUGUGAAAAUACUUUGAUAAAUAAGAUGUCUCUAUAACACUGCCUAAAACCCUUUUUUGUAAUUUGUCCUUCCAUUUCCUUUGACUAUUGUGAGUAUGCUUUUACCUCUGGGCUGUGAGGAUGAUGCGAAAUAAAUGCUUUUUCUUUGUA